AUGGCGGCGACCUGGGAUAAGGAGAUGAUUUACCAACGAGGGAGUGCAAUGGGUGCCGAGUUCCGAGGAAAGGGUGCGCAUGUUAUGCUUGGUCCUGUCGGCGGCCCAUUGGGUCGCAGUGCUCUUGGUGGCCGAAACUGGGAAGGCUUUUCUCCGGACCCUUACCUAACUGGCGUGGCUAUGGACCACACGAUCCGUGGCGUGCAGAGUCAGGGUGUUCAAGCCAAUGCGAAGCACAUCAUUGGCAACGAACAAGAAACGCAACGGAAAGCGACCGAGAUUGAUGGCCAGAUGGUUGCUGCAGUCUCUUCCAACAUCGACGAUCGAACCAUGCACGAGUUAUAUCUGUGGCCAUUUGCGGAUGCUGUUCAUGCGGGCGUUGCGAGUGUGACUUGCGCCUAUAAUCGAGUCAACGGUACAUACAGCUGUCAAAACAAACAGGUCUUAAACGAUCUCUUAAAGACAGAGCUAGGGUUUGAAGGCUGGGUCACGUCCGACUUUAUGGGCGCCAUGUCUGGCGUUGACUCUGCCAUGGCCGGGAUGGAUAUGAACCAGCCAGGGCCCAUUUCGGGGACCCAGUUGAACGAGACAUACUGGGGACCUAACCUGGUCACAGCGGUGCAAAACGGAUCAGUUCCUGAGGCGCGUCUCAACGAUAUGGUUCAGCGUAUCUUGACUCCGUAUUUGUAUUUUGGUCAAAACCACACCAGUUAUCCAAGCAUUGAUCCAUCGUCAGAGCUGCUCACGCUGGAAAAUUUUGGCGUCCUAACAGGUGUGCACUUAUUAAGCCCUGGCACAGCUACUCCUGCUGGACGCGAUGUUCGGGGCAAUCACUCGGCCUUGAUCCGGACCAUGGGCUCAGCCGGGACAGUGUUAUUGAAGAAUGUCAACAACACCCUUCCCUUGAAAUCGCCUCGCAAUAUCGGUGUGUUUGGGGAGGAUGCAGCCGAUAUAACCACCGGCGCUCUCUAUCCAAACGCUGGGUACAACGUUGGAACCCUCAUCAUCGGGGGUGGAUCUGGAGGCGGCCGCACCAGUUUCAUCGUUCCCCCACUAGAGGCAAUCAAAACUCGGGCUAGAAAGAUCGGGGCACAGGUCCAGUACAUCACCAACACUACAGUCCUCACCAGUGGCGAACAGACUACACUCUAUCCUUGGCCCGAAGUUUGCCUGGUGUUCUUGAAGACUUGGGAAACUGAAGGGGUCGAUCGAACGGACCUUGAGGCCGACGGUGACUCCACUCAGUUGGUAGAAGCUGUCACGAACCUAUGCCCGAAACGCACCGUUGUGAUUACCCAUUCCGGGUGUCCGAAUGUGAUGCCAUGGGCAUCUAAUCCUGACGUGGUGGCUAUCCUUGCGGCCCAUUACCCUGGGGAGGAGAGUGGUAACUCAAUCGCCGAUGUGCUUUGGGGAGACGUUAACCCGUCAGGCCGACUCCCAUACACAGUUGCUAGGAAUGCCACAGAUUACAACGGCCCCAUUGUGAAUGUCACUGGGCCCGAUGCGACUAAAGAAUGGGCUUGGCAAAGUAACUUCACCGAAGGUCUCUUCAUUGACUAUCGUCACUUCGACGAUCAGGAGAUUACUCCACUCUACGAGUUUGGUUUUGGACUCAGCUACACCACUUUCGCUCUGGAUUCUCCGAUUUCUAUCACAUUGAGCCCAUCUGCUAGCCACGACAAUCUCUCGACCACUCCUCCUGCAGCCGAUCUUUCCACACUGGCCUUGGGGGGCAAUCCGAACCUGUGGAAGACACUGGUACAUGCUUCAACACGUGUCAAGAACACCGGUUCUCGGGGAGGAGCAGCCGUCAUCCAGCUCUACGUCUCUUUCUCGCGUGGUAGUGUUCCUUCCGGUACUCCGAUUCGAGUACUUCGUGGUUUCGAGAAAGUACCUUUGAGCCCCGGCGAGAGCAAGAAAGUGCCUUUUAAUCUCACACGCCGUGAUCUCAGUUACUGGGAUAUUCAGGCUCAGGAUUGGUGCAUUCCCAGUGGAGAGAUUCACAUCAGCGUUGGGUUCAGCUCUCGGAAUUUGCCUCUUCACUCUACAGUGACUCUUAUUUAG